AUGGCUAAAAAAGACAAGACAACCUCCCCCCAACUAGGCUGGAUCUGGCCCAAAGACCCUCGCCCCGGAAACCCGAGAAAAUGGCCCAAAUGCUGGCGCCUCCUAGACGUCCUCCAGGGCAAAGGGCCGGACAUAUACGUUGGCGUGACCAAGGGUCCCCAAUUCAAAUCCAAAUCGAGCCCCAACGAGCAGGGAAACGAGACCAACGACCCCCACAGCCACAGCCAUUCCCAAUCAAAAACAGCACCAAGUAGAGAAGAAUGGACGCGAUGGGGCAUCGACCCCAAAAACGAAGAGGAAGAAGCAGCAAAAUACAGCCCCCUUCCUUGGGUGAAGCGCAAACCCGGCGAGCGAUACGAUUUCCGCACGAGGACCUAUACAGUCCCCAAUCGCGCGACGUGGAGACAGGUUGAGUUUUGCAACGGGUCUCGGAAGGGGAAGUGGUAUGAACGGCCUGAAGUCCAUCGCGUUCCGAGACGGUAUUGGGAUCCUAAUGGGGAGCUUUAUCCCGCUGAGAAUUGGCAUGAUAAUAUUUAUGGGCCUCAUGAGGAUUAG